UAUUCACACGUAACGGUAUUUUUUUUGCCUGUAUGCCUAUAUAGAGUAUUGCAAAAGUUUCUUUAGUGUAAUUCAUUUGUACUCGAUCUCAUAUCAAAAUAACUGGAUGAUUUUGAUGAAUCCUCUUCUGCUGGAUGUGCUGACCGCAGGAGGCUGUUGGUUUGAGCUCUAAGUGUUUGUUUGUGGGUGAAUCUAGCGGAAUUUAUCAGGACUGGCCGGGCGCCAGAUGAAGGCGAGACGUAUCGCUCAGGACACCGAGGAUACUAAUAGUGACGAAAUAAUUCAUUCUUUUAAUUGUUCUUAUCUUUAUUCUUAAAAUGCAACUUUGGGUGCUGAUGUGUUGUUCUGCUCCCGUUUAAAACUCUCGCUGCUUCUGCUUCACUCGGAUCACUUCAGACUGAAACCUGUGGUCUGUAAGCAUGGCAGGCAUUCCCAAAUCUUUCACUCAUGUGUUCAUAGGCGUUCUAACAACUGUAAUCUCAGGAUUAAGAGCCAGCUCUCUGCAGCAGGUCUUCGUGAAGGAUAUUGUAGCUGUUUACGGAAAAAACGGUUCACUGGAUCUUAAUGGCAUUAACAGUUUAUUGGAGACAAUUGUACAAGACAAGUUAUUGGAUCCGAACAUUCCUCUGCAUGCUCAGUGUGUGUCCGGAGAAGAUAUUCUGGUGCACUAUGGGCUUCAGAACCUCUCUUAUCUGACAGAGGAACAUCUGGUCACUCUCUGCCCGGCUCUGCUGAACCAAGCUGUACUGCCCACCUGUUCAUCUGAAGCUCCAGGAGCAGGCCUAAGUGACAUUGAUCUGCGUGUAUGGGGAUUUGGCUUCUUGGCUGUUACCUUCAUUAAUCUGGCCUCACUGCUGGGUCUGACUCUCGUUCCCUUAACUAAAAAGCCUUACUUCCCCAAAGUGCUCACCUACUUCAUUGGUCUAGCUGUUGGCACACUCUUCUCCAAUGCUGCCCUCCAACUUAUACCUGAGGCCUUUGGGUUUGACCCAAAAGCAGACGGUUACGUUUUCGAAGCUGUUGGGAUCUUUGGUGGAUUCUAUGUGCUGUACGUCACUGAAAAAAUCCUGAGGAUAGUCCUGAAACCAGAACAUGGGCAGGGCCACGGACACAGUCACUUCCAGCCCUCAGAGGGCAUCCAACAGAACGGCGCCAUUAGUAUAGUGGACUCUGAUAAAGCAAGCAUAACCUCUGACCCUCCAGUGGAGCAGGGGUCCUGCAGAUGGCUCAGAGGAAGACGGCUGGCCAGCGUGAAGACGGUGGCAUGGAUGAUUUCCCUCAGCGAUGCUCUCCACAACUUCAUUGACGGACUGACCAUCGGCGCUUCCUUCACCGUGUCGAUUCUCAGCGGCUUUAGCACUUCUCUUGCUAUCGUCUGCGAGGAAUUCCCUCAUGAGCUGGGCGACUUUAUUAUCCUGCUGAACGCAGGGUUGAGCGUUCCACAGGCCGUCUUCUUCAACCUGCUGUCUUCUAUGUCCUGCUACGUGGGCCUCGUCCUGGGCAUCUUGUUGGGUAGAGCUUUUGCCCCCAACAUCAUCUUUGCCUUUGCUGGCGGCAUGUUCCUUUACAUCGCCUUGGCUGAUAUGCUGCCUGAAAUGAACAUGAUUGCCAAUGAACAAGUGCAGAGCACGAAGGCAGAUAUCAUUUUUUUUGCCAUCCAGAAUGCAGGAAUGCUGACAGGAUUUGCCCUGAUUCUUCUCAUCACAUUGUAUGGUGGGAACAUCAGCCUGGGCUGAGCCCUUGUUCCAGAUCAUACUCUCAUUUAAACUAUUUAUUUGAGAAGAAACUACUUCAUACUAUUAUUAAAUCAUUUAAACUGAGGAAACUUGAAAAUCAUUAGGUGUUAAAUAAUUUGAUGAUUUCUCAACAUGUAUAAUUUUAGCCAAUUUAUGCUGUUGUAAAUUACCGACUGACCUACUAAUCAUGUUUUGUAGAACAGAAGGCACGGAGUGAUUUUUUUUGCUCACAUCUGAAUAAUCACAUUUGAACAGAAACUUUGAAAAUCAUGCAAAAUAAGGAGACAGAACAGAACUGUAUUAAAAAGUCCAAAUUUAUGUCUUUUUUUUUCUUCCACUGGACACAUCCAUCUGUUUUACAGCUGAUGAUAUAUCUAUACAUUUAGUCAUUUAAUAUUCAUUAAACACAAUGUACACUUAAAAGCAUCUUUAAAACAGUACAGUCAGUGCAAUAUCUUUAUAGAUCAAAUUAAAAACAUUUUCUCUCCAAAAAUAUACAUCUAUAUAGAUCUCGGAACAUGAAUUCUAACCCACUUUACAAGAAGUAAUCAGAAAAGUUGAAUCACGCCAGGAGGUUAAAUAACUUAAACAGUUCUGACUGAACAAAGUUAUUGGGUGAAUCUCAAAAAAGGUCAUAUUUCAUUCUAAAAUCAAAAGAAGAAAGAGAUUAUACUUAGCUUUUUUUCAUUACUUUCAAGAUAUGUAUAAAGAACUGUAGUAACUGUUGUACUCCCUUUAAUGCAAAUUAUAUUGUUUAUGGUUAUUACAAAAAAUAAUAAUAAAAACUAGAAAUAUUCUGGAAGUAUUACGGUGUCAUGAGAAUAUUUAGUGAAAAUAUGCUUAAUUUUCAUGAAAAUAAUUUCAAAAUAAAAA